AUGAAAAAAAGCAAGAGGAAGAAGAGUGAGCACAGACGCCAUGGCUCUCAUGCCCACUCCCAGCCAGCUAGCUCCGAGUCCAGCCCCCGAAAGGCCAGCUCCGAGUCCACCACCCCACGGAGCAACUCUGGCCUAAGCCCCCAAAACCCCUGCUCCGUCAAUGUCUCCCAGAAACCCAGCUCCGAGGACAUUCUACAGCAACCCAGCACUGGGGCCGCUGUACAGCAUCUCAAUGUUGAGGUCACCUCCCAGGCACCUAGUUCUGGGGUCUCCCCUCAACGGUCCCGGUCCCACCAGCAAUACCUCAGCCCUGAGGUCUCCACACAAACCAGCUUUUUCUCAAAGCAGCCCCAGACAAACUCCACUCAAGAGGAAAAUAUGUCCAAUGGGUGCCUGGAUCGUUGUGGCAGCGAUGUGAAACCAGCCUUCCCAUCAAAGGAAGCAGAGAGUAGGACCCAUUUGGACUCACAGGUCACCUGCACCUGUGCCACUUGUCCCGGCAGCUGUGUGUGCUGGCGCCGCCGAGGCCUAUGCCAUAGCCGGAUCUUCGACACCCUCCUGCCUGAGGACUUACCAGACAGAGGAACCCCCAGCCUCCUCACCUUCUACAGGUUCUGA